UCGAACGAAAGUAGGGUUAAUCGCGAACAUUACUUCAAGUUUAUAAUACGCAACAAAAAGACUAAUAUGAAAUUAAAUCGUUACUUGAAAUAUCGUUAACACAAAAAUUUAACGCAUAAGUAUUUAUUCUACGUUAACAAUUGACUUUCCAAUAUGCACCGUCAAAUAUACGAUGUCGAAGAGGAAUUUGAGCCAAGAAUUACACCGAAACCGAUAACAAAACUCGAUCAUUUUGCUGUACCAAGUGUUCCAGAAGUAUCAUUAAUCUUUGAGAAAUCUACACAAGCAAGAAACCUAAUUGAUGGAGAUGUUAGUUCAUCAUCAGCAAGAAUAACAAGAUCAGUGCAACAUUCUAACAAGCCUAUAGAACACAUUAAUGUCACAUCACCAAAUUCAGGCAAUCAAAACUUGUAUACAGUUAAUUCGACAUCAUCGAGUUCAGACAAGCAUUCGACAUCACCAAGUUCAUAUACAGCAUGGAAAGAGCAGAUUUAUUCUAGAGAGAACAAUUAUGUAAAUACAAAGCUUGUUUCACCAUCGUGUAAAAAUAUUUAUAGCUAUAAUCAGGCAUCUCAGUUUAAUAUACAAGAUGCUACUGUGCAGAAGCAACAGGAGCAAAGUAAAAUCUGCGAUACUCAGAACAGACUGACAAAUACAAGACUUAAUGAUGGAACGCAUGAGAAGAGCGUGAAAUUUAGAUGUUCUGAUAUGGAGAAUUCUCAUGAUCACGAACAUGAGACUCAGCUGCAAUCUUCUGACAGACAGUUAUUUUCUUGCAAUCCUGUACAGAGAGCGACAUGUGUGACUGAUUCCGCUAUAAGAAUGCCCAGCAAUGCCUUUGUGGAUGCUUUAAAGCAGAAUGAACAUCUCCAAAUACCAUAUACGUCAUGUCCAUAUCCCUUUCAGCAAUUUUAUACACCUAGUUACUCAAGUCGUGACAUGGACAAUAAUGAAACGGUAAAGACUUUGUUGCAGCUUGUAAACAGUCAAAGCGAACAGAUUAAAACUUUGCAGCUGCAAGUGGACAGGCUGGUGAGACUACAAGAGGAGAGUUUUCGAAACAAAUCGACAUGUGCCUGUUCGUCGUCGCACGCGAAUCAAGUGUUCGGCUACUCAGCCAUAAAUUGUUACGACGCUGCAAAUAGCCGCGCGCAAUCGCAGAAUCAAGGCGUGAAGCAAAACGCGGGACAAGCUUCAUCGGUUGCAGAAAACAAGAAGCCGGGAAACACCGGCGAAGAUAAAGACAGCGGUAAAUUGGAAGUGGCAUUAUUGGAACAGCAAUCGAAGAAAACUUUUGUGGAGCAGAAGGUCUCCAUUGGCGUCAUGACGAGUUUCGAAUUCACCAUGCAAAACAGUCCGUUUUUGGUGGAUUCCGAGAUGUACAAAGAGAAGGAGACUUCCGCAGGAGAGAGCAACGGUAUUAACAGAAGGAACAAUCCCGUAAAUAUGCACGACACAUCGGAGCCUGUUAAAAGAUACAAGAAUGCAUUCACACGCAAACCCGGGACAGCGCAAUUGGAGAACAUAGUCGAGGACACGGAGAGCUAUUUGUCCUCUAGCCACCAGCAGAGCAGCAAUUUCAACGCGAGUUCUUCCGUGAGGGAUUCAGAGAUGCAUCUUCCGAAGCAACCAGAUCUGUACAACACGACCAAUACCCCGGAAUCCCCAAAGAUGUAUCGGCGUCUCGCUACCGAUCUCAAUCGAGAUCUGAAUCGAGAGAAAACACGCGAAAGAGAGAUGCGCAUGAGAGAAGGCAGCAAUACGGACGAGCAAGCGCAAAGUACGAGAAUAAUAUCGUCUAGGAACGCGGGCAGCCCUAUGGAUGCAAACUGUAAUAAAGCAUUUGCCGUCAACGAUUACAUCGCGACGGAUGGAGAAAAAAACGACGAUGAGAGGACGCAUGCCAACAGACAUAAUUCGCCCAACGUCCACUUGCCCGCAACGAAUUACUAUCAAAGCCACAGAAAUAAGGAGCCAAUGGCUAAUGUUAGAGAAGCGAAGAAUGUGGGUGACAGCAUAGUAUUGAGCGGAGGAGAUUUCAGGGUAUUCGAGAGACCACCGACUCCGGAGCCGAGUAUUCACGUGGAGAUGCAGGAAUAUCCGAGCGACGACGAAAGCGACAAACUCAAGCGUACCUCGAAAAUAGGCUGGACUUUCUACAACAACGUUUUGGGACAGGUCAAUGAGAUUUUACAAAAUUCCGCUGUUAUAGAGGAUAAGGAGCAUCACGAGGCUACUGCGGCUCGCAGGGUCGAACAAGAGGAUGACACAGCGUUGAACACUGUUAAAGCAACUACUUUGGAGCAACUUCGAAAGCUCGGGAUCAGUAUAACUGACAAUGAAAACAGAGAGUUACCGAACGGUAACAAUAAGACGUUGGACUUCGAUUCGUCUUAUUAUCCUCGUUUAGACCGUCAGGCAAACAUGACCCAUGCCACUAGUGUCGUAAAUGAAACAAACACCAGUAUGCAUAUGAAAGCAUUAGCGCUGAAAUAUUUAGGUGACGAAGAGCUAACCGACAUAGCGCUGCACAAACAAGGAUCGUCCUCCUUGAAACAUCUUAUGCUCAGCAAUAUGCAAGGGACCAACAUGUCGUUCGCUACGAUGCGCUACUUAGAAAGAUAUCAGUUGUUGCCGGGACGGAAUCAGGACGUUCAAACGGAGGAUACCGGUCAGGUGUACAAUGAAGUGGCACCUAAACGCGAUUUUAAAGCAACGACUGGGAAAAAUAAUCCCGCGCUGCGUCAAUUCCCUUUUGUACAAACACCAGGAACCACAUGUCCCAGCAGGAUAUUGGACAUUUCAACGUUAAAACGACAACCGAAAUUGUUGUAAAUUCUAGAUCAAAUUUCAUACUUUUUCUAUUCGAGUAAUAUAUUUUAUAAAAAGAAAGACUAAGUCGGUAUAUCGUUAUUCGUGUGAUAAAUCGGCUGUAGACGCGGAAUAUCAAUAAACAUAAUCCUUUGUACGUUCCGUUCUUUGUGCGAUUUUUAUAAAAAAAAAAAACACUACAUAUCAC